AUGGGUGAUGAUGAAGAGGGCUUGAAAAAGGAAAAGAAAAAAGCAUCUAAAUACAAUUACACCUUUGGAGAUAUACACCCUGGAGUAACAAUUGGUCAUAAGACAUGCAACCCAUUUUCAAAGCCUGGCUACCCUGUGCCAGGGGAAAUGGGAUGGCUAUGGAAUGCAACAGACGUCCCUGGUAUGAAACCUCGCCGAGGAUGGACCCCCGGGGUUAUAGGAAAAAGUGUAGCAAAAUUAAUGACUUUUAAAUGCCCACGCGCCGGACAAGAUAAGGAUAAGAGUAAGAAGAAGAAAAAGAAAGGCAAAACCACCGGAGCAGAUAUGGGUGGCGGCGAUUCAGAACCAGAAGAGCCUUUAGAUCCUAAGCCAGCGUUAAAAGUGCAGAGGAAAGGCGAUGUUUUCACUAUACAAGUAAAUCCACUAAAAGAUUUGACAGAAAUAGCACCAAACGAGGACCCUUAUGUUGAUUGCGAUCCGAUGGUUUUUAAGAUUAUUAAGAAACGAAGUCCAGAAGAGCAGGCCAAAGUAGAGGCGCGCAGGAUGGUGAAGUUGAAACGACAAAGGGACGCGGAGAUACGAAAAGCUCUAGCUGAAGCCGUAGAAGAUAUAUGUAAAUGUGCCUAUAUGGAUGUGUAUUGUAACGAUAUGAGCGCUAUCGAUAAGGUAAUAGAUACUUGUCCGGUGUUCAAAGAGCCGCCGUGCAUCUGCCAAGAGGAAUCCCUAAGUUCUCUGUCGAGUAAUGCUACCUGGGACAUAGAAUAUACUCCGCCGUUCGGUUGUUUCGAUCUAGCUCCACGGAAAAGACAAAAUUUCAUUCACGUGGAAACUCAGUACAUUCCAGCGGACGCGGGAAUCGUCGAGGCCCCCAAAAUAAAGUGUAAAAAGUCCUGCACUUCAAUAAAGAAUCUCAAGAAGAAGGUUUCGAAGAGAACGUGCUGCGGCCCCUGUCCCUAA